AAGCGCCGCGAACGUACACUUUUUGACCUAUGAAGGAUCCGUAAAAUCUCGCGAUACUCUCCGCUCUCGGGGAAGUGGUGGUGGCUGUGCCUUGGUAAGACCACGGGGUUCUAGUCUAAGGAAAUGAUGGCAUGUGCUCUCUUUCCUUAGUAGAAGUGACAGCGACAUGUGAGUCAUAUUGAGGACUUUAAAGCCAUUUGAAAGUGUUUCGGUGGCUAGCAAAAUGAAUAACAGAACAGGUUCCUUUUUAUGGAACCUCAGACAAUUCAGUAGUUUAGUUCCAUCCGGCAGAACUGUGAGGCUGUAUCCUUUGGGAUUUUGCAGACGACAAAUUGUUUAUUUAAACUGGAACCAAAGAAGCCUUUUAAAUAACUUUGGUAAUAGAAUGCAGUCAUCUAUUAGAUGUCUCUUUCAGAAUGCCUUAAUUUUUAAAUCUGGAGGUGAUGACUUUCAAACAAAGGGCAUAAGCACUGCAACAGUCUUUACAGUUGACAGACCACUUUGUUCUAGAAGACUGUCCUUUGACUCAAAUCACCCUCUUGCUGCUGAUAAUGGAUUGAAGAAAAACUUUCAACAUAAGGCCUCCAAGGAGGAUGUUCUCACCAAGGGAACAAAACCGGCCCGGAUCAGCUGUAGCACACUGUCUCAGGAGUGUAAUUCCCUGAGUGAUGUGUUAGAUAUAUUUUCCAAAGCACCUAGGUUUCCUAGUAGUAACUAUUUCUCAGCCAUGUGGAUAGUUGCCAAGAGGAUGUCCAGUGACCAGAAGCGCUUUGAGAAACAACUGAUGUUUAACCACCCUGUGUUUAGCCAGCUGUGUGAACAAGCUAUGAGAGAAGCCAAGAUCAUGCACUACGACGACCUCCUGUUCAGUCUUCAUGCCAUAGUGAAGCUCGGGAUUCCUCAGAACACGCUACUCGUACAGACUUUGCUGAGGGUGGUCCAGGAACGUAUCAACGAGUGUGAUGAGAAGUGUCUUUCAGUUUUGUCAACUGUCUUAGAGGCAAUGGAGCCAUGCAAGAAUGUGGAUGUUCUUCGAGCGGGAUUUCGGAUGCUAGUUGAUCAGCAAGUUUGGAAAAUAGAACGUGUCUUCACAUUACAAACUGUAAUGAAAUGUAUUGGAAAAGAUGCACCAGUUGGUCUUAAAAGGAAAUUGGAGAUGAAAGCCUUGAAGGAAUUAGACCAGUUUUCUGUUUUGAAUAGCCAGCACAUGUUUAAGGUACUUGCUGCCAUGAAUCACCGUUCCAUUAUCCUUCUGAACGAAUGCAGUAAGACAGUCACAAGUAAUAUCCAUGGGUGUCCUUUUAAAAUAUUGAUCAGUAUAUUGCAGUCUUGCAGAGACCUCCGAUACUUUAAUAUAGAUCUUUUGAAGGGAAUAGCAGAUUAUGUGACUACAACUUUUGACAUCUGGAAGUUGAAGCAAGUUCUUUUUCUCCUCAUUUUAUUUGAAAGCUUUGGCUUUCGGCCUGUUGGUUUGAUGGACUUGUUUAUGAAGAAAGCAGCAGAUGAAUCUGGCUCCCUGAACGUGAAAAACCUUGUCUGUAUUCUUUAUGUGUAUUCUUCUCUCAAUCACGUCUAUAAAUGCCAGACCCACAGGUUCCUAGAAAUUAUGGCAACUGCUCUGACGGGCAGUCUUCACCACAUUUCUUCAGAAAACCUGUUGAACGUUGUGUGUUCGUUUUGCUUGUUGAACCAUUUUCCCCUGGCCCUUAUUAAUCAGCUUUUCCAAAAGGACACCAUCAGUGAUCUGCUGACCUCAGGUGAUGUGGAGAAGCAUGUUCUCAAGCUUUGUACGGUGACUGCUUGUCUAAAACUUGAUGAUGCUCCUUAUCCCAAGAACAUAGACCUAGUGCUGCCAGAGCCGCCAUCCACAGUGCUGUGCCCUAAUGCAAAGGUUGCCAAGGUGCUGAGUAGCCUCCUGGGAGAAGGAUGCUUCUCCAAAAGUGUACAGUUGCCACAUAAUUAUUAUAUCGAUUUUGAAAUCAGAAUGGAUACUAACAGGAGCCAAGUGCUUCCAUUUUCUGAGGUGGACGUGGUAACUUCUGAUACAGAUAUUCAAAGAGUAGCCAUACUAUGUAUUCCUAAGUCUGCUUACUGUUUGGAUUCAACCCACCCCAAAGGAAACCUUGCUUUGAAAAUGCGGCAUUUGAAAGCAAUGGGUUUUCGUGUGAUCUUGGUCCAUAAUUGGGAGAUGGAAAAACUAGACAUGAAGGAUGCAGUCAUGCUUUUGAAGACUAAAAUCUAUUCAACUGAAGCACUUGCUCCUGCUGAUAAAAAUUUGCAAAGCACAUGUUAAAAGUAAAAAGCAGCCCUUUUAUAUUAGGAGACAUAAGUUUGUAAAAAUAACUUUAAUAAAGACUACAAUUUAGUUGUCA